UGGAUAAGCCGAAGAGCGCAGUCACAGAAAUUGUCUUCGCCGCACGCUUGUGAGUCCGAUCGAAACACAUCGUCAGUGCAGCGCGGAACGACAGUGAAUCAGUUUGCUGCCAGACGUCGAGCGAGUUGGACGUGUUCCGGAGUACCGGAAAGAGUUGCAUUUAUCGUACGUUUAGAGCACUUUCCGCAUUGUACUUGUUGAUAUACUUCCGACGAAUUGAAAAACUUUUUGGACAAUUUUCGCAAAGCAAAAAGAAAAAUCCUAGAUUCAGUGAAAAGCCUCCAAGAGUGACUGAAAAACAGUUUAUUGAGAGAUUUUCUUUGUAAAUUUUUGCCCGAAUUUUCGUGCCAUAAAUUGUGAAAGCUGAUUUGGUGUGGACUCCGAAUUGAGAAGCAAAUCAGAAUUUCCCAGAUACUUCUAAAGUCACUUUGUGAUUUCGCUAAGUAAUGGCUAAAGUGAUUAUCUGCAAUCCAGACUAGAAGUGAAAUGACAAAGUGUGAGAGACACUGGCAGCUGAAAGACUCGAUAAUGGCAAUUUGACCAUUGUGAUAACUAUAGUAAAUUUUUGUUGACACCCACAAAAUUGACACAGAAUCACGCAGAGUUUGCAAAACACUUCUAAAUUAGUGUGACCUCAGUACAGCUGAACAUACUGACACUCAGUGACAUGGCACGACCGUUCUAUGUUCCCGAAGACGACCAGGAGCAGCAGGGCUCAUCCCAGCCGCCCAGUGGUUCGUCCUCGGCCACCCAGUCCCCACUGCAGAGCCCCCUUAUGGUCAACAAUGAGCACCUGGUGCAGGCGUUCUGCGAGGCCUUGUAUCGCAUUGGAGGAGGAACUCCGGCAUUUCCGCUGCCACCGCCGAGCCCCUCCUGCAGUCCACAUGCAAUGGCCCAGAGCUCCUCCGGCCACUACGGUGAGAUUUUCUUCCCGAGAUCAAUAUCGACACCGAGAACGCCCAGAACUUACACCCAUCAGCCCCUCGAGGAAGUGCACCGUGUCCCAUCGCACCCCAUCGAUCAGCACCGAUUGCCAAUUAGACGAAUUCGAUUAACGUCCACUGGCGAAGAUGAGGAUGACUGCCCGAGCGACCAUGACAGUAGCCUGAAUGAGUUCCAAGACCAUUUUCACCACUUGGAGGCUCGCGAGCGACUCACAGAGUUUCCUGGUCGCGUUCCAGAGCGCAAGAGAGGCAAGGCAUUGCCAUCAUCUCCCGCAGCAGGGCCAGAGACGCCAAAAGACAAGCCAAAGGAGCAGUGCUUCAAUUGGUCCUUGGUAACUGCCCUCUUUAUCGUGGUCGGAUGCGGAAUAUUCGCCUCGCGGUGAAUAUUCGGCGUAUGAAUUCCGUGCACAAAAACCGAUCAAAGCACACAAAAAGACAACAACACGACAAAAUUCAACGGAUACCGAUUUUGAGUUUAUUCAUUCGCUGAUAUUAUUUUCAACACUGCCAUUAACCAGAAGGACCGUUUGGAGAGAGGUAAAGAUUGGAAAAUUUGGCGAAUAAAAUUUUCACGACGACUAAAUGGCAUACAUUAUGCAUACUUGACUACAUCCAUUCAUUAAAAAAAAAUAUUGUAAUAAUUUUUUUUUAUAAAUAUUUCGUAAAAAUGGAAGGAAAAUAUAUUUUGUAAGCAAAAUAUUUCAUUGCAAGGAGGAAGAAAAUUAUGAGGUAAACAAUAUUUGAGUAUUAGUGGAUAAAUUUGCCUGAGGUUCGAUUGACGAAUCCUCAACGAUACUAUUUUAUACUCUAUCGUGUAAUUAAAUAUAUAAGAAAAUCAAUGUUGUUUUAUAAAUAAAUGACGAUAAAGGUGAAAAUGUGUGGAGAUAACAACUUUUUCAUAUGGUAGUGAGUAGGACAAAAAUGUGAAUGUAGCUUUUAAGUGAUUAAUUGUAACCCAAAGCGAUUGUGAUUUAAAAGAAGCGUUGUUGAAACGACGUGAAAAUUUUGCAUAAAAAACAUACAGUACAGUUCAAUUCAUCCAAAUAGAAAGAAAACACACACGAAAAUUUACAUUUUGACAUAUUUCAGGAUGAUUUUUUACUGAGGCGUCCGUUUAUGUUUUAUCCCCCUUGUUUUAUUUAUUUCCAAAAGACAAACCAUAUAAUUACUACAGAGACAGUAAAUAAUUAAAUUAGGCUAAAUUGCUGCUAAUUCUUGAAAGACAAAACAUAUUUUCUGGAUACCGCGAACAAAUCGUGUUUGUAUUUUUUUUCAUAAUCAUAUUUCUUGUAAAAGCCAUGCAUCAAUUUAAGAGCAUCAUUCUCAUUAAUUUCACCAAUUUCUGUCUUCAUUUUUUUGUUUCUACGUAGCAACAGAAAAAAGCUCAUUAAAGCGCAUUGUGAUUGAAAAAAAAGGCGAAAAAGAAAAAUCCGAGUGAGGAAAAAAACGAUAAUUGAGAACAAAACGACUGAUUUACUUGAAAUGAUACUGUCACGUUGUGGAUCUCUCAAAUUUACAUUGUAGUUCUAACCAUUUUUGGAGACUUGUCUUAUUGCAGGAAAUUAAAUCCACAAUGUCCAUUGAAACAUUUUCAAAUAGCGUUCGACGCGUGAUAGAAUUUGUACACAGUUCAACUGCAUUUUUUCUGUCAAGGCAAAAGGUAUAAUCGAGUAAAUAUUGUGAAAAAUCGAUACAGUUUUGUAGAGGAAGAAAACAUAAAUCAGAGACGAUACAAAUGGCCAAAAAUAGAUACUUGAGAGCCCCAAAGAAUACAAUACAUAUUACGAUUGUGUUAUUGAUGGAAAAGGAUUUAAAAAGAAGCAAAAAUUGAACAACUUUGAUCUCAUAUAAACAUACUUUUUUAUAUAUUGCAUUCUAGUGAAGUGGAUUGUAUAGCAAUUUAAAUGGAAAGGAGAACAAUUCUUAAACAAUCUUAUUGCAAAUAUAAAUGACAAAAGGAUAAAUUGAGGAAUAUAAGUAAAUUUAUAGUAGGCUUAGAAGAGUGGUAUUGAAGUAAUAAAUAAAAUAAGCUGCAUUGUGAUCACAAAACGGAUGAUUAGAGGCACUGGCGAGCAUAUGUAUUUUUGAAGAGACGAGACAAAUUAUGCUCCUCAGUGCAGACCGAGGAGAAGGAUUGGAAUAUGUGCUAAAAAAAAAAGAUCAAUUAUUUUGGAGUCAAUCAUAUAAAUUAUUCCAUCACAUCUCUUGGUCAAGCAAUACAAAUUUCAACGAAGCAUUCAAUUAUUUCUCGUGUGCAACAAAACUUGCAGAAACUCAGCAAAGUUUUUGUCAGUUUUACACUAUGGCACUAAAAAUCAAUCAAUAGUAAAACUCUAACAACGGAGAUUUCAGAGGUACACUGUAAAGUGAAAAGCAAUUCAAUAUGUAAUUAACUGAAGAGAAUAUUUCCUUUUUGGGCUGUCAAUUGCAUGAGAAAGAAGAAAAAUCAUCGAUAUCGCAAUGUAUAUUCUUUGUAAAAUUAAGUAAUACUUACUGCAUCAUUCUCUUAUCAAUUUUAGAAUAAAUGUACAUUUUUUCGGCUUAUGAACUAUAAUCAAUUCGAAUUACCCUGACUGGUACUAGUGAACUGCUGACGGAUCUCUUGCAAUCUGACCAUUUUGACUCACGGUUGAUAGAAGUGAAACGUUCAAAUUCUAAAGUGUCAGCAAUGAUUAUAGUUUGUACAGUUCUUCAGAGUUUUCGAAUGAUCUCUUUUUGUAUUUACGGUCCAACAUGAUGUCACCUGGAAGACAAUUUCUUCCGAUUGAAUAAAAAUUACGCUAUAAAAACAAUGCUAUAACCCUUCCACGUGUCAUCAUAGGAGAUUGGCUAGCAAUUGGACCGCUCUUUCUUGUAAAUAAUACACGUAGACAGUUAGUUAAUGUUUUGAUCCAUAUAAUGAAAUUAAAUUUCGCAGUUUUAUUUUGUACUAAUUGUGUAUUAAUAAGGGACAUUUUUGCAUUUUUUUUUUUUUGGAAUAUUCAUAGAUAAUUUCUCCCAGCAUUAUGCAUAAUAUAAAUGUACUCUAAUACAGCAUUUAAUAUAUUAUUUUUCAUAUGAACUAAUAACCCAAAUUUUUUACUUUUACCAUUAUUUCAAUUUCCUGGGCCAUCUUAAGUUAUGUUUUAGUAUCGCGUUAAAAAACUCAUCCAGCCACUUGGUUAACCACAAUAGAACCCAUUCCGUUAUAGGAAGUGCUUUUUGAAAAAUUUAGAAUUUUGAUGCUUUGAUUAACAAAGACCCAAGAAACGAAACGGUUUCAUUGUAUGCAACAAAUCGUUGUUAUACUUACGGAUAAUGAAGAGAAAAACUUUUAUUUUGCAUUUUGAUCUGUUGAUUUUCAUAAAUCGUACAAAGAUGUUGAUUUGGUCGUGUCUCACGAUGCGACGUAAAGUCAACAAUUGCACAUCAAAGGGCUGAUGAGAAAGUACAAGAUAACAAUAUUUAAGGAAAAUGUGACAAAAGAUGAAUAUUUAAUAGUGGAAAGUGUAAUGUUAAAUAGUCCCAAGAGACGAGAAUAUUUGCCAGAAAUUACAACCAUGUAAUUCCGGAAUUUUCCAUCUCUGCAUAAAGUAAAUUAUCUCUACACUACAUAGUAAUAUAUUUAUUUCUAAAAUGGAAAAACAUAUUAUUCUGUGGAUGUCUUUGUCUAUUGCUAUUCAAAUUGUUGGAAAUUUACAGCAAAAUAUACAAAAUGACCAGUUUUUAGCAAAACAAAUUUUGCAAAUUUGACAAAUUUUCGCUCUUGUGAUUCCAAACAAAAAGGAUUUUUAUAGAAUUUAGAUGACAAAUUUUGGUAAAUUUCCAACAAAAUCCCGCUUCAACUUCUUGACAAAUACUUCAACUAUAGGAACAAAAAGUCAAACCCUUCUUUGAAUAUUGGGGGUAAUUUUUCUACAUUAACUAGAAAAGAAAGUACAUUUGCAUAAGAAUACUUUAUAAACACUUAAAUAAUUGUCCAGGAAUAAAUUGAAUCGAAGUAAAGAUGUAAUGAGGUGAAGAUCAGAAAACACAUUAAACAUAAUUGUCGUUAAUUAAGGAAAAUGUCAUUUCUACUUAGGAUAACGUAUCUCAGCAUAAAACUAUAAAAGAGUAAAGAAAAUUGCAAAAAAAAAUUUGAAAAAAGGAGGAAUAUAAAUAGCCAAGUAGAUAUGCGAAAAUAAGCCAUAAGUUUAAUUAGGUUAAACCUAGUCUUAAUUGCCCUUCAGAGCGGGUCUGUGAUUCAUUGAUCUCAUUUUCUUACCAAUUUUUAAUUUGUUUAUUUUGUAUGUAAUAAAUCAAUAUCACGAUAAACGCAGAAAUCAUUUCUGUUAAAUUGAAGGAAAAGAACCUAUUUGCCGUGCAUUUGAAUUUUCUUUUUGCUCUUUCGGUGAGAAAAGGACGUUUUAGCGAAUCAAAAUUGCGUGGACCAAUUUCAAUCGGCAAGAUUCACUCGUCAUCACAUUCAUUUCAUUGUGCAAAUUUCAUUGAACAUUUUGUCAAGUGACAUCAUCCAUAAAACAUAACAAUAAAUUGACAUUUUGUUGUAUUUUUCCAGCAGAUCACAUUUUCUUACAGAGCCCAAAAUAUUGUUUGGCACAACAAUUGUACAUAUAUUGCCACUUGAAACCACCAAUAGAAUUAGAUUGCAUUUUUUAUCAAAAGAAAUUUUGAGAAAUCAACAAAGUCGUUCCUAUAAUAAUAUUGCGAGAACAUGUAAAAUUAAUUAUGUACACUUUGAAGAUCAACAAUACUUUUGCAAAGUGUAAGAUAAUGUGACAUCUUUUUCACAACACUUCAUUUGAAUGCAAAAUGAAACGUAAUCGAAAAGACACGAAAAACUACAAAAUGUUGAUAAACUCAAUUAAUAUUUAUAAAUAUAAUUCAAAAUAUAUCUAUAAAUGUUAAGCAUUUAUCAAUUAAUAUAUUCUUAAUUAAUGAUUUUAUUUGUUUAGUUUAAAUACUCUUCUAUGUUUCUGUUACACUAAAAAUGAGAAACGCCAACAUUGCGAGAAAAUUCUCAUAAAAAAAUACUUUGGACAAGUGUAGAAAAAAUUAACAAUGAAUUGAUUAAAAAGAGAGUAAGAUAAAAAUGACACAAUUUAUACGACCCAAUUCGACAUUCAAUUAUAUAAUUACACUUUUAUAACGAAGAAAAAAAAAUUGAGAAUAGUUUAUAUUUGAAAAAUCGACAAAGUGUAAAUAUACUUUUUAUAUUGAUGAAAAAAAGAAAUCAUAAUGCGACAUAUAUAAAACAAAAUAUACAUUUAAGAAAUAUUUUGCAUUUAAAAACACGAAAAGUAAAAUACAAAUCAUAAAUUGAUUCAGAAAAUUGCUUAUAUAUUACUAUAAUGGCUCUUUUUUUUUAAAGAAAUGAAAUAAAUGUUAAAUC